CCAAAACCUGUUAUUACCCAGAAUGCCCCCAGUAGAGCGAUGUACACAGGAGAGAGAGUCACCCUGAGCUGUGGGUUUGAGGGAGAUCCUGCUGGCUGGGAGUAUCUCUGGUACAAAGACCCACUGAGACACACUGUGCCCAACACUGACAGCAGCAGGACUGAUGGGUCCAGUUUCACCAUCAGCACUGCUGCUCUGGCCCACAGUGGAGAGUACCGCUGUAGAGCUGCAAGAGGAAGAAAACCUUUUUACUCAGACUACAGUGAUCCUCUGACUUUAGAAAUAUCUGUAUUACCUCAAACAUAUCUGAUCGUACAGUCUGGAUGGACAGACGUCUUCCCCACUGAAACAGUGACUCUGAGGUGUGUAAAUCAGGGCAACUCUACAGAGUGGAUGUACAAAUGGUACAGAGAUGGACUGGAGCUUCCUAUAGACAAGGCUGACUCCAGCAGUGUAUAUGGAGACACAUACACAAUCCUCUCUGCUGAUCAGUCACAUGCUGGACUGUACACCUGCAGAGGAGAACUUACAAGGAGAGCAUCUGUGCACUCUCUGAUUGGCAGCUCUGCCGCAUUGACUGUACGAGCUCUGCCUCAGGCGGUAGUGACCCUGGAUGAAGGAUGGAUGGGGGUCUUCAUCACUGAAGGCACUCUAGCAAUGAGGUGUGAGCUUCAGGGCUUUACUUCUGCUGACUGGAACUAUACAUGGUACAGAGACGAAAUGCAGAUCUCACUAAACCACACUGGAGAGAGGCACACAGUGGGAUUCUGGGAUAGCUCCUCUGAUGGUGAAUAUAGAUGUAGUGGGAACAGGACAGACAGACCGUGCUACUCCCUCAUCAGUGAAGGCUUCAUGCCAAGCCAUAUCAGGCUGUACUUUAUUGUGGCUCUUACUGGUUCGGCCGUGAUUUUCAUAACCCUUGUGGUGCUGGCAGUCCAACGCUCUAAGAAAUGCAGGACAUCAGGCCGAAUUAAAAAUCAGCCGGAUGGGGGCGAGUUUUACUCCAGGGUAAAUGCAGACUACAACAGUGCAGAUCAUGGAUUACCAGCCAAUGCUGUGUAUGAGGAAAUAGACCCUGCCACAGAAACAGAAGGUUAUGAAGUAGUUGGGAAGCACAGUUUCUAUUCAGCUGUUCAGUUAAAACCAUUAAACCAAGGUCCUACUGCAUAAUUGGACACAGGGAUCCAUAUUCACU